GGCUCCAUGAUCUCCGCACUUCGCAACAACACUCCUUUAUGAACCGGUCAUCUAAUGUCCCCUAUCAACGUUAUCUCAAGAUGCUGCUCUUUGCAAGUCCUUCGGAAACGCGUGCAACCCCUUUACUUCUCAUGCGCUCACCCGCGCUUAACCGCUCCGACAUUCUGCGUUUUAUUCGCCCAUCAGCGUGCUCAUAUGCAGCAGACUCGCAUUUUUACCAUUCCGAAUGUGAUAACUCUCAGUCGAAUCGCCCUGACUCCCGUGGCGGCCCAUUGUAUUCUUUCUGAACGUUUGUCACUUGCUCUCAGCUUGAUCGUUAUUGCUGGAUUAUCUGACGCCCUGGAUGGUUAUGUGGCCAGAAUAUUUAAAAACCAACAGUCUUUGCUCGGAAGCUACUUGGAUCCGAUUGCUGACAAAAUAUUGAUCGCCACACUGGUCCUCUCUUUGGGCUGGGUCCACAUUUUGCCAGGUAGUUUGGCACUUUUGAUCGUCGGACGUGACUGUGCUAUCAUGAGCAUUGCCGGCUAUUUGAGCUAUUUAUCUUUACCGCCAUCUGUGAGACGGUUGAAUGUCAUUCGAAGAGACUACUCGCCAAUCGAAAUGAAAGCCUCUAACAUAAGCAAGGUGUUAUUUUAGAUACUCUUGGAACAAGAACGGAAUAUCAAUAGAUAUUGAUAAUUUUGGACUCUGUACAAUGUGCUAUAUCCUACUCUUGUCAGUUAGAAUGAGGACUCAUCAGCAGCCACAAGGUCUACACUCUGCUCCCGUACAAUCCUUGCAUGACCACCGACCUGCUCUCUGUAACAAAACUUAACACGGUCUGUCAACUUACGACCAUCGUACUCAGUAUAUCGGCGUCCCUCUUCAACCUCAAUGAUUCGCCCUAUCUUUAUGGGAUGUGGGCUUUUACCGCUGGGACGACACUGGCUUCUGGUGCUGAUUAUCUCAGGAAACUGCCGGAAUGGAGGCGGCUUGCAAUCGAACGAUCCAGGCGAGGUUUGAAAGGGCACAAUGACACACUGGACUCCUCGUGACUUGGAACCUGUUACAUCUGCCACAUGAAUCAUAUACAAAUCGUAAUAUAUUGCACACAUGUCCAACAACAAAUCACUAAAAACCCGAUUUUCUGUAUCAUGCCAGGUGCUUGAUGUAUAGCCGUUUCACUAGCACUGCAGUUUUGAAUUUACCAGCCUAACCCGCGGUUAGUGUAUCAUGCUGAUCACUUCCAGGUACCCCGAUCAUAUCGCGCUUCUGUAGUAUGCUAAUCAAUCACUCGAGUGGCGCUUGACUCCUUAGUUUGUCAUCAAGUAUGUCCAAAAUGAAAGAAAUUCGGUUUUGAAAUAACUUUACUGAGAAUACUCACUUGCAUACGCUGGCUGAUCAACGGAUCUUUCUAUCCAACAAGCUUGUACCACC